CACUUUUCAAUUGCCUCUGGCCCGCUCAACUAUCUUCUCUUCUUCUCUCUCCUCUCUUUUCCCCCUUACUGGCAGUCAUUUUAUAACAUGUCUGGAAUCUGUAGGGCUCGUCUUUCCGAAGAGCGAAAGCAAUGGAGGAAGGAUCAUCCGUUUGGAUUCUACGCUAAACCCGCGAAGAACGCUGAUGGCUCUAUGAAUCUCUUGGAAUGGGAAGUUGGUAUACCUGGCAAGACAAACACUGCUUGGGAGGGCGGGCUGUUCAAAUUGACUAUGAUUUUUCCUGAAGACUAUCCAUCCAAACCGCCGAAAUGCAAAUUCACGCCACCAUUGUUCCAUCCCAAUGUAUACCCAUCGGGAACUGUUUGUCUGUCCAUUCUUGACGAAGAAAAAUCUUGGAAACCAGCCAUUACCAUUAGACAGAUUUUGCUUGGUAUCCAGGACCUCUUGAAUGAUCCUAACGUCCUUGAUCCCGCACAAAGCGAUGCUUACACUAUGUUCAAGAAUGACAAAUUGGCAUAUGAGAAGAAGAUCAAACAACAGGCACGAGAUAACCUACCGAAGUAAUCAUUAUUCCUGUACAGUUCUUGUAUACUAUCUUAUGCUAGCAGGUUCUUUCGAGAGCAUACCUUUUAUUGGUGUAUUUAAUUAGCCUGUAUCUAGCUACCACUUACAAGAGUUAU